AUGAAGUGGGCUCCAUAUAAAGAUCUUAGAGAAAAAGAUGCAUACUUAGAUCAAAAGGAUGAAUUGCCUAUUCCGCAUUCCGAUUCAAUGUAG